UGUUUUAAUCCUAUGUUUAUUUUUGUCUACAUGGUGUUCUUAUGUUGUGUGUUUGUUGUGAUAUUUGUACUUUCGAUUCAUGUAACUAUGUGAGUUAUGCAUGUGUUUGGUUGUGCUGUACGUCUGUACGAGGUUAUUACAUGCUUUAUGUAUGAUACACUAGUUGGGGGUUUGAAUUGGGGUUUUGUAUGAAAUUUACCCUUUUAAUUGACUGAUGGAUUCUUUUGAUGGUUAUGCGUAAUGUUGCUGUGCAUAUGAUGUUUUCUCGAUUUUAAAGGGUGUUUAGAGUGGUUGUGCAUAUGUUGUUUCCUCGAUUUUGCAGGGUGUUCAGGGUGGUUGUGCAUAUGUUGUUUUCUCGAUUUUGAAGGGUGUUUAGGGUUUGAAUUUUAGAAAUUAGGUACAUUAGAACCUAGAUUAAAUAAUAAUCCUUAUCGUAUGAUAAAACAAAUCGGGUCCAGACAUGAUAAAGAUAGUGUAUUUUUAACCUCUAUUAAGUUAAAAAAAUUGCCGUUCAUGAGGGUUUUUUAAUUUGUAGAGGUUUAAGUGUAAUGGGUUUGUCUAUAUGAACAAUUAUGUGAAAGAAAGAUUGAAUGUCAAAGGUAUAAUUUUUUUUUAAUGGGGAUGUGUGCUUAGGUGAAAGCAAAUCAAUGAAAUAGCAAAAAGAUGAGGGAAAGGGCCCAAAAUUUGAGCGCUAAUUGAAUUUUUUUUGGGCUGCGUAUUUAGGAGAGAACAAUUUAACCAACACAGCAAAAAGCUGAGGGGAAAGUGCAGAAGAUGAUGCAUGUGAUAGAAUUCACAAGUGGCUCCAUUGUAGCAGCUGGGGUGUUGUAAUUUUUGAGGUUCAAAAAGUGUCAACUGAUUUGAUUCUACUGAGGAGAUUGUGUUGUGGGUUCCUCAUAUGAUUGCUGUUGAUGGAUUGCAACAAAGAAGAGGCCUUUAGGGCCAAAGCAUUGGCUGAGAAGAAGAUGGAGAAGAAGGACUUUUUGGGGGCUCGGAAGCUUGCAACCAAGGCCCAGAAUCUCUAUCCUGAAUUGGAGAACAUUUCCCAGUUAAUUAUGGUUUGUGACGUGCAUUGCUCUGCUGAAAAUAAGAUCUCUGGAACUGAAAUGGAUUGGUAUGGAAUCCUCAAACUUGAGCCAACAGCUGAUGAUGUACUAAUAAAGAAGCAAUUUAGAAAGUUUGCUCUUUACCUUCAUCCAGAUAAAAACCAGUUCGCCGGAGCUGCAGAUGCCUUUAAGUUAAUUGGUGAAGCUCACAGGGUGCUUCUGGACCCACUAAAAAGGAAGAUGCAUGAUGUGAAACGUAAAUCUGCUCUAGUAAAUGGGUCUUCAAAGCAAACAAAUAGGCCUUCCAGUGACCAGAGAGCACCACAGCAUGGAAAUAGUUCUGUGAAUGCAAAUAGACCAUUCCAGCAGGCACCACAGACUGCCCAAACAGGAUCCAGUGUCCAUACUGAUCAAAAAGGACCCAGUAGCAAUAAACCAACUUUCUGGACUGCAUGUCCAUACUGUCUUCAGAGGUACCAGUUUUACAGAGACGCGCUCCACCGAAACCUUUCUUGUCACAAUUGUCGAAAGGCCUAUACUGCCUAUGAAAUCGAUGGUCAAAGAGUAGCACCACAAAUUAAUUCAACCCGGUCAGCAUUGGUUAAACAAACAGGGGUUCACAAUCAAGCUCCUUGUAAAGUGGGUCUGCAAAGUAAUGCCGAGUACUCCAACACAAAAGCAGAAAUUGGGGGAAAUACGUGGUCUUCUGAGGUGGCACAGGGGUCUAAACACAAUGAAAAUUUAGGGGGUGUUUCCACAAAUUUCAAACAAAAGCGGAAGGCUGAAAUACCUCCACCAUGUGGAAAGAUGAACGAUAAGAAAACCAAGCAAUUUCUUGAGUGCAGUAAAAGCUUCAGCAGUGAAGCCAGCACAAAAUCUAAAGAAGACGUACCUACUAAGGGUGGUGAGGAUUAUUGUGAGCUAACCUCAAGCAGGUCGAGAAAUAAUGUUUCUUAUACUGGAGAAGCAGUUGAAGAUUUAUUGAAAACACAAGAGCCUCCUGGUAUGAAUGAAUCGAGAGGCCAUGAUGCUCAUAUGGAAGAGAAUGGCGAAGAAGCUAUAGUGAAAAAGCAUCGGUUUUCUAAAGAGGUGUUGCCUAAUAAAAGCAACGAAACUGAACAGAAGAUUGAGAACGGUGCACCAUCAGAAGAGGCUAAAACAGAACCAGAAACCUUUGAUUAUCCUGAUCCAGAUUUCAGUGACUUUGACAAAAAUAGGGAGGAAAAAAGGUUUGCCGCUGGGCAGAUCUGGGCAGUUUAUGACACCCAGGAUACAAUGCCUCGAUUUUAUGCUCAGAUUGUGAAAGUACUUCAUCCCAACUUUAAGCUUCGGAUAAUCUGGCUGGAGCCAGACCUAUAUGAUAAGGAUGAAAUUAAAUGGGCGGAAGAGGAUUUACCAGUUGCAUGUGGUAACUUUAGACCAGGAAUUUCUGAAAACACUGAAGAUCGUCUGAUGUUCUCACAUGUGGUUAGCUGGGACAAAGGCAUCAGAAGAAAUACUUACAAGAUAUAUCCUAGAAAGGGUGAAACCUGGGCCCUCUUUAAGAGCUGGGAUAUUAAUUGGUCUUCGGAUCCAGAAAAUCACAGGAACUUUGAAUACGAGUUUGUUGAAGUCUUGUCUGACUAUACUAAUGCAACUGGUAUUUCUGUUGCUUAUUUGGGUAAGGUAAAGGGUUAUGUUUGUCUAUUUUGCCGAACAAAACAGGGAGGAGUGGACACAUUUCAAGUGGAACCAAAAGAAAUAUUAAGAUUUUCUCACAGGAUCCCGUCGUUUCAAAUGACUGGGGAUGAAGUAAUAGAUAUCCUGAAAGGAUCAUUUGAACUUGACCCGGUAUGUCUUCCGCCCAACCUUCAGGAGAUAGAUCCUCCUAAUUGUGAGGAAAUGAAGAGAAAAAUGCCUCCAGUUGGUCCUUCUACAUUUGCAACAGAUACAAUGGAAGCAAUUCCAAAUAUUCAUGUGGAAUCACCUAAAAACCAAGCAGAGCAGAAAACACCUAAAAACCAAGCAGAGCAGAAAAAACAGUGUGAUCUGUGCGUGGAUUUAUCUACGGAUGAGGAGGACCAGAAGUUGCAGUCUGAUGCCAGAGUCAUGUUUGAAAAUUCUACUGGAGAUGCUGGUGCUGCACCAGAUUUUUCGGAGGAUGCUUAUGAAAUUCCUGACCCUGAAUUUUAUAAUUUCGAUGGCAACAAAUCCCUUGAGAAAUUUGAGAUUGGUCAGAUCUGGGCUUUGUACUCUGAUGAGGAUGGCAUGCCGAAGUACUAUGGCCGGAUAAAGAAAAUUGAUCUAUUGCCACAGUGUAAAUUGCAUGUGGCGUGGCUCGGUGUUUGUUCAACAUCUAAUGACAUAAUUCAGUGGAAUGACAAAAAGAUUCCGGUCACCUGUGGGAGAUUUCAGCUUAGAAAGUUGAAACCGAGUGAAUACACCAGCCCUGCUCCCUUUUCUCAUCAGUUAAGAGCAAGAGUAGAAACAAGAGGUAAGAAAGAAGAAUAUGUCAUACUUCCUAGAAAAGGAGAGAUUUGGGCAUUAUAUAGGAGUUGGGACGUUAGGAUGAAAUGUUCCGAUCUGGAAAACUGUGAGUACGACAUAGUAGAAGUCGUUGAGGAAACUCAGUCGGGUAUAUCUGUUUUGUCUUUAGAGGAAGUUAAAGGGUUUAAAUCCGUCUUCAGAGCGCAAGUCAAGGGGCAAUUUCCAGUAACGUUCAUGAUACCUGCCAAUGAGUUGAUUAGAUUCUCCCAUCAGAUUCCCGCAUUCAGGCUGACUGGGGAGAGAGGUGGCAGCCUGAGAGGUUAUCUGGAGCUUGAUCCGGCUGCAUUUCCUUUUCACUGGUUUUGUAAAGAUUGAGGGGUAAUUUUCUUACAUAGGAACUGUCCUGGCACUGGAAGACUGGAAAUAUAUGCUUUUGCCUAAUAGAUAUCUAUUUACUUAAUUAUACUUUUCAUUGUUUAUGGAUUGGCCUUUAAGUAUGUUUAUUGCUGGCUAUAGAAAUAUUUUGAAUCUAAGAAAUUUACAUAAUCUCUCUAGAUGACCAUUGAUUUGGGUAUAAGGGUGUCGAACCUGUAUCCACCCUACAUAGUGCAUGAUAUGUUUACUAUCAACCCUUUUGUGGCUGAACAUGUAUAUGGAUUUAUGCGUACAUUACAAGUUUAA